GUGGACCGUCCUUCCUCCUCCAUCUUCUGGAUGCUGGAAACAGUCACCAUGUCAGUGAUACAAAAGCAAAAGUUCUCCUCCCUCCAUGUAAGGACCUGGCACAGAUUUGCUCCAAGGUAGAAGAAGUCUUCUGCUCCUCCAGAUGUGUGCAGCCUGACUGGAAUAACACAGGGACUUCUCCUCCUCCUCCUCCCACCUCAGAAGCUUUGGCAUGCCCUGCUGUCAGCCUGUGUGCCCGGUCACUGGCCCUGGUGGGGAGGAGGAGGGGCGGCUCCUGCUUCCAUGCCUUCUGGUGGUCACUUGUGUGUCAGGAGCCGGGCUGUCAGGGUCUCCCUCUUCCCUAGGAGCAGACAUGGGUCUUCCAGGUGUGUGCUUCAUCCUUCCACUGCUCUUUCUGGCUGCGGGGGCGAUCCAAAAACGACAAUCAAGUAGACAAACUGAAGCAGAAAUCCAAGCUAACGUAUUAAGAGAUGCCUGCCACAGCAAGCCGCUGGAUCUUGUCUUCAUCAUCGACAGUUCCAGAAGCGUCCUUCCAUAUGACUUUGAGAAAGUAAAAGAAUUUCUCAUCACUAUGUUAAAAUUUCUUGACAUUGGCCAAGACACAACUAGGGUGGGCUUAAUACAGUAUGGCAGCACAGUAAAAAAUGAAUUUUCUCUGAAAACAUACAAAAAAAAGUCUGACAUUGAACGUGCCGUCAAGAGAAUGAUGCACCUUGCCACAGGCACCAUGACUGGACUGGCUCUUCAAUAUGCCAUGAGCAUCGCAUUUUCUGAGUCUGAGGGUGCACGUCCUGCAAAUAUGUACGUGCCAAGGAUUGCCAUGAUAGUGACUGAUGGUAGACCUCAGGAUCCUGUGGCUGAAAUUGCUGCAAAAAUGAGAAAUUCAGGAAUUUUGAUAUUUGCAAUUGGGGUGGGUCGCGUGGACAUGCAAACCUUGCUAUCUAUUGGAAGUGAACCUCACAAUGAACAUGUCUUCUUGGUGGCCAAUUUUAGCCAGAUUGAAACACUGACGUCUGUGUUCCAGAAUAAACUCUGUGCUCCUCAUAUCUGCUCCACUACCACACAUGGCUGUGACCACUUCUGCAUCAAUACUCCAGGCUCAUAUCUAUGUCGAUGUAAGCAAGGAUAUAUCCUAAAUCCUGACGAGAAGACCUGCAGGACUGAGGACUUGUGUGCUACAGAGAAACACGGGUGUGAGCAGAUCUGCGUCAAUACGCCAGGAUCCUAUCUGUGCCAAUGCCAUGAGGCGUAUGAGCUGGCCAGGAAUGGCAAGUCUUGCACCAUUGUGGAUUACUGUGCUUUGGGUACCCACGGUUGUCAGCAUGAGUGUCUCAACGCCAACGACUCAUACGUCUGUCAGUGUCGGCCUGGCUUUAUUCUGAAUCCUGAUAAGAAAACUUGUCGGAGACCGGAUUACUGUGCAUUGUCUAAUCAUGGCUGUCAGCACGAGUGUGUUAAUACUGAUGAUUCCUAUAACUGUAGAUGCCGGCCCGGAUUUUCACUUAUUGCAGACAAGAAAACUUGCACAAAGAUUAACUACUGCAAGAAGGGCAAACAUGGCUGUGAACACGAAUGUGUCAGCACCGACACCUCAUUUGUAUGUAAAUGUCGUAAGGGCUAUGCUCUGAAUCAGAAUGGGAGAACCUGCAGAAAAGUGGACCAUUGCUCUGAAUCUAACCAUGGAUGCCAGCAUGUCUGCACCAACACAGACGAGUCGUACACGUGCCAGUGCUAUGAAGGAUUUGUUCUGAAUGCGGACCAGAAGACUUGUAGAGCUGUGGACCACUGUGCGGUGAAUGAGCACGGCUGUGAGCACCUGUGUGUCAAUGCAGAAGGGUCGUACGUGUGUCAGUGCUUCGAAGGAUACUUUCUUCGGGUUGAUAAGAAGUCUUGUCAGAGUAAAGAUGUCUGCAAAUCUACCGAGCACGGCUGUGAGCACCUCUGUGUAAAUAAUGAGGAUUCCUACGUCUGCAAAUGCUUCGAAGGACACAUCUUAGCGGACGACGGAAAGAGAUGCAAAAAGUGUGGAGAAGGACCAGUGGACUUGGUGUUUAUCAUUGAUGGGUCCAAAAGCCUUGGAGAAGACAACUUUGAGCUUGUCAAGCAGUUUGUCAGCGGUAUCAUAGACUCACUAGAGAUCUCCCAGAAAGCUGCCCGCGUAGGACUGGUCCAGUAUUCCACGCACGUCCGCACAGAGUUCACGAUGGCUCAGUACGGUUCAGCCAAAGACAUGAAGAAAGCCAUGUCCCAGGUGAAAUACAUGGGCAGAGGUUCCAUGACUGGGCUCGCCCUGAAGCUCAUGUACGAAAAAAGCUUUUCGGAGGCUCAGGGCGCACGAAGACGAUCCCUGGGGGUGCCGAGAGUGGCGAUUGUGUUUACGGACGGGCGAGCACAAGAUGAGGUCUCGGACUGGGCGAGCCGGGCAAAGCAAAGCGGCAUCACCAUCUAUGCUGUUGGCGUUGGCAAGGCCAUUGACGAAGAGUUACGAGAAAUUGCUUCAUCGCCACAAGAGACGCACGUUAUCCAUGCUGACGACUUUAGCUCCAUGGGAUACAUCACUGAGAAGUUAAAGUCCAGCAUCUGCGAUGGAUGGAGCAAUUGGAAAACAACCACUGACUUCUCCAACCAAGAAUAUUCCUCAGAACUAAGAGGAGAAAACAGUGAAAUCACAGUCUCGUGUUCAAUGUCCGCCAUCAAGUUCACAACUCAAGCAGAAGAAAAAGCCAAGGAGGAGCAGUGCCAGUGUAAGAACAUUAUGGAGUUUCAGUCCAAUUCAAACGAAGAAGUCAGACGGCUAACUCAUCAGUUGGAGCAGAUAACCCGACGAAUGGAAGAAUUGGAGAAUCGAGUGGGACAAAGAUAGUAGAUUGGACGUAAACUGUACAAAGAGGGGAUAUUGUUUGUUCCGUUCAUUAGAAAGGAGAAAACUAUUCCAUGUGAUCGACUAUAUGAACAUCGGGAAAAUGUAAAAAGUGCAGGAAAUUGUCUUAUUUAUAUUGUUUUAGCAUGGCAUGUUGGAAUACAGAGUAUAAUAGAGUAUUUGUCAAUUAUGAAAUUAUCAAGGAGGAGCUGUCACCUCUCCUGACAUGUCUGCCAUAGAAAAAUACUUCUGUUCCCCGUGUAAUAAUUCUGAAGCAUCUUUUCUUAGAACUCUACAUUGCAUUGUUUCUCUGUUAUUCCUACUGAAUACUGUAUUUAUGAACACAUUCUCAACUGGAUGUUACUAUUCUCUUUAUCACAUAGUUGUGUCUCUGCAUAGUCUGACCCUGCCAGCAAGGAUUGGAAAGACUGUGUAGGGACAUGCCCCACCGACUCGAGAAUUAUUUCAUAGGGAAUAUAAGGCUUUACUAAGACAGAGGAGUCAGAAGAGGUGACCGAUUCUCUUUCAAAAGUUGUCGGACUUCAUGAUAUUGGUGACCUAUCCUCCAUCAAUAUCAGACCAGUAGGGGUCCCACUCCUGCCGCCCUCACCGAUCAACUGUUUGAAGUGGCUGCAGCGCUCUCGUGAGUGUUGCAUCCUCAUUGAUGUUUACCUGCAUGGUGUCUACAUUGUAGUGGAGGUGCAGUGUAAUUACAACUGUUUGUCCCAUUCACAUGAAUGAGAGAGUAAGCUGUAAUUACGCUGCGCUGUCACUACACUGAAGAGGACGCAGCCCUCGCAGGAGAAUCACGGCCUUUUCAAACAAACAGAUAAUUGGCAGGGGUUGCCAGGAGUCAGACCACCACAGAUCUGAUAUUGAUGACCUGAGGAUAGAUAAUCAAUAUCAAGAAAGCGGAAUAUCCCUUUAAGUGAAAAUUUCUAUUGGAAACAAAACCAGAAGAAAACAGAAGAGUAUGGAGGAUCAAGUCUAGUUUUGUAUGUUCAAGCUUAUGAAGUCACAUUGUUUUAUGCAAUAUAAAUAUUAAAUGGUUAACUAUUUGUAA